AUGAAGUCCAUCCUCGCCCUGCCCGCCAUCCUCGGCGCAGUUUCGGCAGCUGCUGUCCCCCGCGCACAGUCUCCCUGCGUUUCAAACGGACGGAGCACCGCUCCCGAGCCCGCCGUCAACACCCUCGCCGGCUUCAACGAGUCUGCCAACUACAGCAUGCUCGCCCGCAAUGCCGUCAAGCCCGAAGGAUAUGAACUCAUCAUGUCCGACACAAAAUGUGCAUUGUCCUCUUCCAAGUACAUGAGGUAUUCUAGGAUGUCCUCGUACGACUCACAAACCUGCGCCAAAAUGUGUGAUUCUCACCCUGGCUGCGAUACCUUCAACAUCUACGUCGAGCGUUACCCCUCUGUUGUCCCCGAUGAAAGCUGCCCCAACCCCAGCGCCAUCUUCUUCGCAAUCUGUGCUCUCUACUCCGAGCCCAUCACCUCGGCUGCCUGCGACAACCCCGGCCAGUUCAUAGGACCACAGGACGCCUCUGGCAACCCCUUUAGGACUGCUAUCCGGGCUUCGAAUGCUUACCGCAGGCUUCGAGUCAAGGAAGUCAUUGUGACGGUGACUACCACCCGCAACAUACUAACUGACCCAGAACGUUUAAAGGUAUACGUGCACACGGGGUCUGCCAAGCACCACGCCAAUGCCACUACCAGCAGCGUAGCCAAGGUAACGCCGAGCAUCCCAAUCAAGGAUACUGCGCCCAUGAUGGCUAUGCAUGGACCUCUUCGUAUAUAUACAGUCACCGAAGCAGAGAUCACGUCGCGUCAGUCUCUCGACGAUACCGUACCCAUGAUGGCCAUCCAUGGGCCUCUCCAAAUAUCUACCCUCGAGCCCAAGAUAACACCGUGCCCCACAGUUGACGAUACUGCGGCAAUGAUGGGCAAGCACGGACCUCUGCAUAUAUCUACUGUCACCGAGGAUGACACUGAGGAUGACAUCGAUGAAGGGUCCUCGGCGUGGGUUUCAAGCUUUUACAGUAUGAUGAGGGAGCUCCAUCCAGAAGUUUCAAUAAGGCCUGUGAGCAGCACUCGUGGAUGGAAUGGACGGCUAUGGAUGAGAAAUGCGCACACGGAACCUACCCCGAUGCCAAGGCAGCUAUCUGAGACAAUUACCUAUGUAUGA